AUGGAGCAAGUAUGCAAUUGCAACAAUCACGCCCGUCAAUGCCGCUUCAAUAUGGAACUUUUCAAGCUCUCCGGUCGCAUUUCUGGUGGCGUUUGCCAAAAUUGUCGCCACUACACCACCGGCCGCCACUGCCACUACUGCAAGGAAGGCUACUACCGCGAUCCCUCCAAGCCGCUGAACCACCGUCGUGUAUGCAAGCCCUGCGAAUGUCACCCAAUAGGUUCUUCGGGCAAAACUUGCAACAACACCUCUGGCCAAUGCCCCUGCAAGGAUGGUGUGACCGGUCUCACCUGCAAUCGCUGCGCGCGUGGCUAUCAGCAGAGUCGUUCACACAUAGCGCCAUGCAUCAAAAUUCCCGCACGCAAAGCGAAUAUGUUGGAUACACAGAAUACCGCACCUGAUCCAGAUCCCCACGAUACCAAUGCACCUUAUCGCACUGAAGGUGGGAGGGAAUGCGAAAGAUGCAAAAUAAGCACAAAAAGGUUAAACCUCAACAAAUUCUGCAAAAGGGAUUACGCAAUAAUGGCGAAAGUGAUUGGACGCGAAGCGAGCACCGAAGUAACGAGCAGCAGCGAACAAUACACCAAAGAAAAUCAGCAAAUGGAUCCCGACGACGAAGCGGAGGCAAUGGAGUCCGAUUCGGUCGAAACGGUCAAAUACGAUAUACAAAUACAGGCGAUCUUCAAGCGUACCCCACUCGAAUACGCAACAACGAAUACAAUCCUAAAACGGGGUCCUUUGACCUGGAUCAUACCCAUUAAGAAUCUUGAGUGUCGUUGUCCCAGAAUCAAAAUGAAUCGCUCCUAUCUGAUACUGGGCAAAGAUUCGGAAUCGCCACCCGGCUAUCUGGGCAUUGGGCCGCGUUCCAUUGUGAUCGAGUGGAAGGAUGAAUGGUAUCGACGUAUGAAACGCUUCCAGCGACGUGCGCGAACGUGUCAGUAAAUGAAAUAAAAAUAAAGAAGCACUCACACUUCCAUACAUGCACACGCAUAAUUUUAAUGUAUUUGUAUUUAUAAUAAUAAUUUGAAAUAAUUCUUAAGGCUUAACUACUUAAAUGCAUUCAAAGUCGAACAAGCGCACUAAAACAUACAAACACACACACACAUAAAUAUACUUACCAACAUAAAUACGUAAUCGUAUGCGAUUGAAUGAAACUGAUAAUUUUUCGCUGUGUAAAAACUGAAUAUUUUUAUGGUACUUAAGUUUUAAUUUUGCAUAUAAAAGUGGCAAAAGCAACGACGUGCGCUAUUCUUAAAUUAAUUUUUUUUACGCAUUAAUUUUCGCAUUUAUUUAUUUGUAUUCCUAUUUUUUAGUUUUUCGCUUACACUUAUUUAGUUUUAAUUAAAAAGAGAGAAAAAUGUAAUGAAUUUCGAAAAUAUAUGUAAAGCUGAAAAUUUGUGAAAUAUUAGGGCAGCUCCAUAUUCAGUGCAUCCUCUUGACAUUUGCAAAUUAUGUUGUACAUUUAGUUAUUGUGUGCCAUG